UUUAGCCUUCCAUAAUCACCAUCAGUCACUUCCUACAAAACUUCACCAGAAAAACUUUGUUCAGCUUCAAGACAAGUCCCUUCUAUACAGAAAUUCUGGCACUCUAGUAAUGGAGUCAGUCCCCACAGAAUACCACAGACCCCAGGUCUAUUCCCUUGUGUUAUGCAUUUUCAAUCUUUUCAAUAAACAUACUAUCUUACACUUUGCUUUCUUAUUCCUGGGUUUCAGAACCAUGUGUGCUCAUUACUGCAUCUCCUUUGCUGAUGUUGAAAAAGCUCACGUCAACAUUCGAGAUUUUAUCCACCUCACACCAGUCCUAACAAGCUCCAUUUUGAAUCAAGUAACGGGGCGCAAUCUUUUCUUCAAAUGUGAACUCUUCCAGAAAACUGGAUCUUUUAAGAUUCGUGGUGCUCUUAAUGCCAUCAGAGGCUUGGUUCCUGCCACUUUAGAAGGGAAGCCGAAAGCUGUUGUUACUCACAGCAGUGGAAACCAUGGACAGGCUCUCACAUACGCUGCCAAAUUGGAAGGGAUUCCUGCUUUUAUUGUGGUGCCCCAAACAGCUCCCAACUGUAAAAAACUGGCGAUACAAGCCUAUGGAGCAUCUAUAGUAUACAGUGAACAGAGUGAUGAGGUAAGAACAGUGUUCAGAACCACCGUAAUAGCUUUCAUUUGACAAAGUGCUCUU